AUGGGAGCAAGGCACAUACCAAAUGAUAAGAUUAACCUGAAGCUGAUUUUGGUGAGCGGCAAGACACAUGAAUUCCUGUUCUCUCCCACUGACUCUGCAGCAGAUAUAGCAGAAUAUGUCUACACACACUGGCCAGAAGAUUGGUGUGAAGAGCAACAGCCGGCCACCAACAUACUUAGGCUUAUCUACCAGGGUCGGUUUUUACAUGGCAACGUGACUUUAACAGCCCUUCAGUUACCUACUGGAAAAACAACUGUGAUGCAUCUUGUGGCAAGGGAAAACCUGCCGGAGCCCAACAACCAGGGACAACUGAAGAAAGACAAGAGUGGAGAAACCGGUUGUCACAACUGCUGUGUUAUACUCUAG